GGGUUUUUCCACGCGGGGGCGUGGUUUCCCCCUAGGCCACGCCCCCUGAGCGCGCCCCCUGCAGGCCAAGGACAGCGACGAUGAGGAGGAGGUGGUGACGGUGGACCGGGAUCACUUCAUGGACGAGUUCUUCGAGCAGGUGGAGGAGAUCCGGGGCUGCAUCGAGAAACUCUCGGAGGACGUGGAGCAGGUGAAGAAGCAGCACAGCGCCAUCCUGGCCGCCCCCAACCCCGACGAGAAGACCAAGCAGGAGCUGGAGGAGCUCACGGCCGACAUCAAGAAGACGGCGAACAAAGUGCGCUCCAAAUUGAAAGCCAUCGAGCAGAGCAUCGAGCAGGAGGAGGGGCUGAAUCGCUCCUCGGCCGACCUGCGCAUCCGCAAGACACAGCACUCGACGCUCUCCCGGAAGUUCGUGGAGGUGAUGACCGAGUACAACGCGACGCAGUCCAAGUACCGCGACCGCUGCAAGGACCGGAUCCAGAGACAGCUGGAGAUCACCGGCCGCACCACGACCAAUGAGGAGCUGGAGGACAUGCUGGAGAGCGGCAAGCUGGCCAUCUUCACCGACGACAUCAAGAUGGACUCGCAGAUGACCAAGCAGGCGCUGAACGAGAUCGAGACGCGGCACAACGAGAUCAUCAAGCUGGAGAGCAGCAUCCGCGAGCUGCACGACAUGUUCGUGGACAUGGCCAUGCUGGUGGAGAGCCAGGGGGAGAUGAUUGACCGCAUCGAGUACAACGUGGAGCACUCGGUGGAUUACGUCGAGCGCGCCGUGUCCGACACCAAGAAAGCCGUCAAGUACCAGAGCAAGGCCCGGAGGAAGAAGAUCAUGAUCAUCAUCUGCUGCGUGGUGCUGGGCGUGGUCCUGGCCUCCUCCAUCGGGGGCACCUUGGGCCUCUAGGGCCCCUCCCCCACCCCCCGGCCCCGCCCCC